AGAUAGUUGCUGUUUUGAUUGACAAGGCAGAUCAUCCAAUUAUAUCGUCCAUAUGUAUUAUUUGAGACUCGCCCCCAAUUGGUGCGGGCACAAGGCGGUCCUUAGGCAAAUUUGUUGACAAGGGAGACGCAUGAAUUCAUUCAUUUUCACUGAACGGAACGUAGAGAGCGAACGACAGAGUGAGGCAACGGGAAAACUUGCUGAUUUGGAGUAGACUUCAGUUGUUUCAGAGCUUUUGAGAAAAUAAUUGUAAGAGCACCGUAAAAGGAUUGAUUUUUCUGUAAGGUUCUGAAGAGUCGUGUGUUCUACAUAUUUCAAGAGAAGAGACUUGUGUGAUGGGGAAAGGAAACAGUAAGCUGGCACCGGAGGUCCUGGAUGACCUCACCAAGAGUACUGAGUUCAACGAGGCUGAGCUCAAGCAGUGGUACAAAGGCUUCCUCAAAGACUGUCCCACCGGUAUACUGAAUCUAGAGGAGUUCCAACAACUAUAUGUCAAGUUCUUUCCGUAUGGCGACGCGUCUAAGUUCGCCCAGCACGCCUUCCGGACCUUCGAUAAGAACGGUGACGGGACCAUUGACUUCCGGGAGUUUAUCUGUGCUCUGUCAAUCACCUCAAGGGGGAGCUUUGAGCAGAAACUCAACUGGGCCUUCAACAUGUAUGACUUAGACGGAGACGGCAAGAUCACACGCAUGGAGAUGCUGGAGAUUAUAGAGGCGAUCUAUAAAAUGGUUGGCACGGUGAUAAUGAUGCGUAUGAACGAGGACGGGCUGACUCCCCAGCAGCGCGUGGAUAAAAUCUUCUCCAAGAUGGAUAAAGAUCACAACGAUGAGAUCACACUGGAGGAGUUCAAAGAGGCAGCCAAGAGUGAUCCCUCCAUCGUCCUACUGCUGCAGUGUGACAUGCAGAAAUAGAGGAGGAAGGGAUAGA